AUGUCCGACACUAAAGUUGAAACACACGAGUUCACAGCUGAGAUCACUCAGUUGAUGUCGUUGAUCAUCAACACUGUUUACUCCAACAAGGAAAUCUUCUUGAGAGAGUUGAUCUCCAACGCUUCUGAUGCUUUGGACAAGAUCAGAUACGAGUCGUUGGCCAACCCAUCGUUGUUGGACUCCGAACCUGAGUUGUUCAUUAGACUUACUCCAAAGCCAGAACAGAAGGUCUUGGAGAUCAGAGACAGUGGUAUUGGUAUGACCAAGUCUGACUUGAUCAACAACUUGGGUACCAUUGCUAAGUCCGGUACCAAGGCCUUUAUGGAGGCUUUGUCUGCUGGUGCCGAUGUUUCCAUGAUUGGUCAGUUCGGUGUGGGUUUCUACUCUCUUUUCUUGGUUGCUGACCAUGUCCAGGUGAUUUCUAAGCACAACGACGACGAGCAGUACAUCUGGGAGUCUAACGCUGGUGGUAAGUUCACUGUCACCUUGGACGACAAGAACGAGAGAAUUGGCCGUGGUUCCAUCAUCAGAUUGUUCUUGAAGGAGGACCAAUUGGAGUACUUGGAGGAGAAGAGAAUCAAGGAGGUUGUCAAGAGACAUUCUGAGUUUGUCGCUUACCCAAUCCAAUUGGUUGUCACCAAGGAGGUCGAGAAGGAAGUUCCAGCUGAGGAAGAGUCUAAGGAAGAGACCGAGGACGACAAGAAGCCAAAGUUGGAGGAGGUUGACGAUGAGGAGACCGACAAGAAGGAGACCAAGAAGGUCACCGAGGAGGUCACCGAGCUUGAGGAGUUGAACAAGACCAAGCCAUUGUGGACCAGAAACCCAUCCGAUGUCACCCAGGAGGAGUACAACGCUUUCUACAAGUCUAUUUCCAACGACUGGGAGGACCCAUUGGCUGUCAAGCACUUCUCCGUUGAGGGUCAAUUGGAGUUCAGAGCAAUUUUGUUCGUUCCAAAGAGAGCUCCAUUUGACGCUUUCGAGUCCAAGAAGAAGAAGAACAACAUUAAGUUGUACGUUCGUCGUGUUUUCAUCACUGAUGAUGCCGAGGAGUUGAUCCCAGAGUGGUUGUCUUUCAUCAAGGGUGUGGUUGACUCUGAGGACUUGCCAUUGAACUUGUCCAGAGAGUUGUUGCAGCAAAACAAGAUCUUGAAGGUCAUCAAGAAGAACAUCGUCAAGAAGUUGAUUGAGACCUUUAACGAGAUUGCCGAGGACUCUGAGCAAUUCGAGAAGUUCUACUCUGCUUUCUCUAAGAACAUCAAGUUGGGUAUCCACGAGGACCAGCAGAACAGACAGGCUUUGGCUAAGUUGUUGAGAUACUACUCCACCAAGUCUUCUGAGGAGUACACUUCCUUGUCUGACUACGUCACCCGUAUGCCAGAGCACCAGAAGAACAUCUACUACAUCACUGGUGAAUCUAUCAAGGCCGUCGAGAAGUCCCCAUUCUUGGACGCUUUGAAGGCUAAGAACUUCGAAGUUUUGUUCUUGGUUGACCCAAUUGACGAGUACGCUAUGACUCAGUUGAAGGAGUUCGAGGACAAGAAGUUGGUUGACAUCACCAAGGACUUCGAGUUGGAGGAGACUGAGGAGGAGAAGGCUCAGAGAGAGAAGGAGAUUGAAGAGUUUGAGCCAUUGACUAAGGCUUUGAAGGAGAUCUUGGGUGACCAGGUCGAGAAGGUUGUUGUUUCCCACAAGUUGGUUGACGCUCCAGCUGCCAUCAGAACCGGUCAGUUCGGUUGGUCUGCUAACAUGGAGAGAAUCAUGAAGGCCCAAGCCUUGAGAGACACCACCAUGUCCUCUUACAUGUCCUCCAAGAAGACUUUCGAGAUCUCUCCAAAGUCCCCUAUCAUCAAGGAGUUGAAGAAGAAGGUCGAGGCUGACGGUGCCGAGGACAAGACUGUUAAGGACUUGACUACCUUGUUGUACGAGACCGCCUUGCUUACCUCUGGUUUCUCUUUGGAAGAGCCAUCUUCUUUCGCUGGUAGAAUUAACAGAUUGAUCUCCUUGGGUUUGAACAUCGAGGAUGACGAGCCUGAAGCCGUGGAGGAGGCCACCACUACUGCUUCCACUGAGGAGCCAGCUGUUGAGUCCGCCAUGGAGGAGGUUGAUUAA